GCCGGCCCCCGCGGGUAGUGGAGCCCGUUUGUUCCGCUCGCGUCGCGCCUCCAGUCGGAGUCUGUAAGGAGCGGAAGGGCCGAGGGACGCCUUCCCCGCGCCGCCCCCUCCCCAGCGGAACCGUGGCCCCCUCCCCGUCCUCGCGCUGAGAACUGUGGGUACCGAUGGAUGUGGCUGAGAGCCCUGAACGGGACCCUCGCUCUCCAGAGGACGAAGAGGAGGAGCAGCAAGGGCUCUCGGACGAUGACAUUCUGAGAGAAAGUGGGUCUGAUCAGGAUUUGGACAAAGCUGCAGGGAGGGCUUCUGAUUUGGAGGAUGAGGAAAAUGCUGUCCUAGGACUGAGCCAGGAGGAAGAGGAAAGUCGCUCUGAUGAGGAGGAUCAGGACCAGGACUCUGAGCCUCAGGAGCUGAACAGGGGCCCUACGAGCCCCCCUCAUGCAGAGGAAGGGGAUGGGGGGGAGGAAGACCAUACAAGUGAUCUGAGGGACGAGGCCUCCUCGGUCACCAGGGAACUGGACGAGCAUGAGUUAGACUAUGAUGAGGAGGUCCCUGAAGAGCCAGCCCCCACUGGGCAGGAGGACGAAGCAGAGAAGGCUGGGGCAGAGGAGGAUGAGGAAAAGGGAGAAGGAGCUCCCGAGGAGGAGGGAAAGGCCGAUGUCCACAGUGUGGAAGAAAAGGAGCCCCUGGAGGCAGCCAAGGAGAAAAAAAAAGAGGAUGACGACGGAGAGAUUGAUGAUGGGGAGAUCGAUGAUGAUGAUCUGGAAGAGGGCGAAGUAAAGGACCCCAGUGACAGGAAGGUGAGGCCUCGUCCCACCUGCCGAUUCUUCAUGAAAGCCUGCGUGUACCGUCUAAAGUUCACAAGAGCUUCCUGUACUUCUUUUCCAGAUGUUGUGACACCAUUAUCCACUCUUCUUCCACCAAUAUCAAAUUCCAUACCAUUCAGAGACCAGGUUAAAGGGAACUGUACCUGGGGAAUGAAUUGUAGGUUUAUACACCCUGGAGUCAACGACAAGGGCAACUACUCCCUAAUCACCAAAGCCGAACCUUUCCCGCCUAACGGUGCCCCACCUCUCGGACCUCACCCACUGAUGCCUGCCAACCCUUGGGGUGGGCCAGUAGUUGAGGAAAUUUUGCCUCCACCCCCUCCAGAACCCCCCACAGAGAGUGCCUGGGAACGAGGACUUCGGCAUGCAAAGGAGGUUUUAAAAAAAGCAACCAUUCGAAAAGAACAGGAGCCUGAUUUUGAAGAGAAAAGGUUUACUGUGACCAUUGGUGAGGAUGAACGGGAGUUUGACAAAGAAAAUGAAGUUUUCCGAGAUUGGAAUUAUCGGAUUACAAGAGAUGUCAGAGACACAACACUUGAGCCUUAUGCAGAUCCUUAUUAUGAUUAUGAAAUAGACCGGUUCUGGCGUGGCGGGCAGUAUGAGAAUUUCAGGGUGCAAUAUACAGAAACAGAACCGUACCAGAAUUACCGGGAACGGGAAAGGGAAAGAGAGCGAGAGAACAGACAGCGAGAGCGCGAGCGGGAGCGUGAGCGAGACCGAGAACGAGAGCGCCGGCAGCGGGAGCGGGAGCGGGAGCGAGAGCGAGAGCGCGACAAGGAGCGGCAGCGGAGGAAAGAGGAGUGGGAGCGAGAGCGAGCCAAACGGGACGAGAAGGACAGACAGCACAGAGACCGAGACAGAGAGAAAGAGCGGGAGAAGGAAAAGGAGAAGCCAAAGCCCCGCUCCCCACAGCCACCAAGCCGACAAGCUGAGCCACCAAAGAAGGAGGCAGUCUCCGCUGGGCCACAGGUGAAGCGAGCAGAUGAGUGGAAAGACCCUUGGCGCCGGUCCAAGUCUCCCAAGAAGAAACUUGGUGUAUCGGUCUCCCCUAGCCGUGCACGAAGGCGUCGAAAAACGUCAGCCUCAUCAGCCUCUGCCUCCAAUUCCUCCAGGUCGUCUUCACGGUCCUCCUCCUACUCUGGGUCUGGUUCGUCCAGGUCUCGGUCCCGGUCCUCAUCCUACAGCUCCUACUCUAGCCGGUCUUCCAGACACAGCUCCUUCUCAGGCAGCCAGUCCAGGUCCCGAUCGUUUUCCUCAUCCCCGUCCCCCUCUCCAACGCCUUCUCCACACAGACCUUCUGUCCGAACCAAGGGGGAGCCUGCUCUGCCUCCUGGGAAAGCAGGAGAGAAGAUGGUGAAGAAACCAGCUCCACCUCCAGCCCCACCACAGGCCCCCAAGACCACUGCCCCCACCCCUGAGCCUGCCAAGCCAGGAGACCCUCGGGAAGCCAGGAGGAGGGAGCGCCAAGCCAGGACCCCCCCCAGGAGGCGGACCAUCAGUGGCAGUGGCAGUGGCAGCAGCUACAGCGGCUCUAGUUCCAGAUCCAGGUCCUUGAGCGUGAGCAGCGUCUCCUCAGUGUCCAGCGCCACGUCAAGCAGCAGCUCAGUGCACAGCGUGGACUCGGAAGACAUGUAUGCAGACCUGGCCAGCCCUGUGUCCUCAGCCAGCUCACGGUCCCCCACCCCAGCCCAGACCAAGAAGGAGAAAGCAGGAAAAUCUAAAAAAGAAGAUGGCGUUAAAGAGGAUAAGCGGAAAAGGGAUUCAUCCACACAGCCACCCAAAUCCUCAAAAUCUUCCACAGGCAGUAAAUCCUCCCAGCAGCCCACAACUCCCCAGCAGGCACCCUCUGGGCAGCCCCAGCAGGGUACAUUUGUGGCACACAAGGAGAUCAAGUUGACACUGCUGAACAAGGCCGCUGAUAGAGGGAGCAGGAAGCGAUAUGAGCCCUCAGACAAGGACAGGCUAAGCCCUCCUCCAGCCAAGCGGGCCAACUUAUCCCCAGACCGAGGUUCUCGGGACCGGAAGUCAGGUGGGAGAUUGGGCUCUCCCAAGCCAGAACGGCAGAGAGGCCAGAAUUCCAAGGCUCCUGUGGCCCUGCCAGACAGGAAGCGUCAACUGUCACCCCAGUCCAAGAGCUCCAGCAAGGUCACAAGUGUGCCUGGUAAAGCCUCAGACGCCGGCACUGCCGCCUCCACGGGCACCAAAUCAGGGAAGGCCAGCACGCUGUCGAGGCGGGAGGAGCUCCUGAAACAGCUCAAAGCCGUGGAGGACGCCAUCGCUCGCAAGCGGGCCAAGAUUCCCGGGAAAGUGUAAUGGGCCCCGCGGGCUCAGCUCCCCUGCCAGAGGCAAAGACUAUGUGUUUUUAUAAAUAGGGUAAGCGCAGCCAUUUUGGAUUUUGCAGUUAAUGUCUUAUUUUGGCUGUGAUUCUUUUUAAAAAUUAAAAAAUAAAAAAAAGUUUCUCAGCUGGAAAAGAAGCCACACACACAUAAUGAAGAUGACGCUGAACCUCAGCCUUCUCCCAACCACACUGACCAGUCCUUCCCAGAGCAGAGACAGGCAGGCAGGCAGACAGCACCGAGCGAGGACAUGGCACAGUUUUAUGUAAAUUUUAAGUCCCAGAUGCCCGGAUCAGCUGGCCCAUACAUUUUUUCUUCCCCAUCUUCUCUUCCUCCCUCGGUUAGUCAGGCAAGUUCGCGCCCUGCUGUGUGCCGUGUCCUCACCACACGGCUCUCCUACUGUGGACAGGAACACCUAGUGCUACUGAGCAACCUCUUCCCCACCCCUGCCCAUCCCCAGGAUCAAAAAAAUAUAUAUAUAUAUAUUCUUGACUAAAGUCUGACUGGGAAAUAGUUCCUGUCUUUUAUUUUAAGCAUCAAAUUGUUUUAGUUGAUUUGAAAAUGAAAAUAUACAGAAAAGACCAAAAAAAAAAGGCCAUGGGUAUUGUUGGGCGUCUGUCUAAUGUGGAGGGUCUUUUUUUGAGGGGUCUCCUAAAAUAAAAAUAUUUUGAUAAGCA